AUGUCAGGCUCGUUGCUGCAGGAGGAUCAGGCAAUCAGUGGAGGUGCUAAUGCAGGCUACCUGCCUAUUCUGGUACCGCAGACCAUGCAGUGCCCUAGAAGCAGUCAACAACAGGCCUUGCUCCUUGGUGGGGGAAGAGGUUUCUUGAGUACUGGGGAUCAAGCAGCAAAAGGAAACUAUGGCCUCCUUGAUCUCAUCCAGGCUUUGCGAUGGACUAGUGAAAACAUUGGGUUCUUUGGUGGUGACCCAUUAAGAAUAACUGUUUUUGGAUCCGGUGCAGGAGGCUCAUGUGUCAAUCUGUUGACUUUAUCCCAUUAUUCUGAAGGUAACCGUUGGAGCAAUUCAACCAAAGGACUUUUUCAAAGAGCAAUAGCUCAAAGCGGAACAGCUCUCUCCAGCUGGGCAGUUAGUUUCCAACCUGCAAAAUAUGCCAGGAUGUUGGCUACAAAAGUUGGUUGCAACAUGUCAGACACUGUAGAAUUAGUAGAGUGUCUACAGAAGAAGCCUUAUAGAGAACUUGUGGACCAGGAUAUUCAACCAGCAAGAUACCAUAUAGCCUUUGGACCAGUAAUUGAUGGUGAUGUGAUACCAGAUGAUCCUCAGAUAUUGAUGGAACAAGGAGAAUUUCUCAACUAUGACAUAAUGUUGGGAGUUAACCAAGGAGAAGGUUUAAAAUUUGUUGAAAAUAUAGUUGAUAGCGAAGAUGGAAUAUCAGCUAGUGAUUUUGACUUUGCUGUUUCCAAUUUUGUCGAUAACUUGUAUGGAUACCCUGAAGGCAAAGAUAUAUUGAGAGAAACUAUUAAAUUUAUGUAUACUGACUGGGCAGACCGACACAAUCCGGAGACAAGAAGGAAAACACUGCUAGCUUUGUUUACUGAUCACCAGUGGGUUGCACCAGCAGUGGCUACAGCAGAUCUUCACUCAAAUUUUGGAUCGCCUACAUACUUCUAUGCCUUUUACCAUCAUUGCCAAACAGAUCAGGUACCUGCUUGGGCAGAUGCAGCCCAUGGGGAUGAGGUUCCUUAUGUACUGGGAAUCCCGAUGAUUGGUCCUACUGAAUUAUUUCCCUGUAAUUUCUCCAAAAAUGAUGUCAUGCUAAGCGCAGUGGUGAUGACAUACUGGACAAACUUUGCAAAAACUGGUGACCCAAAUCAACCUGUCCCACAAGAUACAAAAUUCAUUCAUACCAAACCCAAUCGUUUUGAGGAAGUAGCAUGGACCAGAUAUUCUCAAAAAGACCAACUGUAUCUUCACAUUGGAUUAAAACCACGCGUGAAGGAACAUUACAGGGCUAAUAAAGUGAAUCUCUGGCUGGAGCUGGUACCUCAUCUGCACAAUCUUAACGACAUUUCACAGUAUACCUCGACCACAACUAAAGUGCCAUCAACUGAUAUUACUUUCAGACCAACAAGAAAAAAUUCUGUACCUGUUACUUCAGCCUUUCCUACAGCCAAACAAGAUGAUCCCAAACAACAGCCAAGUCCAUUUUCAGUGGAUCAAAGGGACUAUUCCACAGAGCUGAGUGUUACUAUUGCAGUUGGAGCGUCUUUGCUAUUCCUAAACAUUUUGGCCUUUGCAGCAUUGUACUACAAAAAGGACAAGAGGAGACAUGAUGUUCAUAGGAGAUGUAGCCCUCAGCGUACUACUACCAAUGAUCUUGCCCAUGCACAAGAAGAGGAGAUAAUGUCCCUCCAGAUGAAGCACACUGACUUGGAUCAUGAAUGUGAGUCCAUCCAUCCACAUGAGGUGGUUCUUCGGACCGCCUGUCCCCCAGAUUACACACUAGCUAUGAGAAGGUCUCCUGAUGACAUUCCCUUAAUGACACCCAACACCAUUACAAUGAUUCCCAACACUAUACCAGGGAUUCAGCCCCUACACACCUUCAAUACCUUUACUGGAGGACAGAAUAAUACUCUGCCCCACCCUCAUCCCCACCCCCAUUCACAUUCAACAACCAGGGUAUAGCCAGACAAGAUAAAACAAACUUUAUUUUUUUUGAUGGAUUGCAGUAGGUGACAUUACUGAAGAUUACUUGGCUUUCAACCUACUUGACUCUUACUAUUUAAAUAUGGAGAAAUAUUAUGUGAAUAUACAUAUCAAGAACUUUUGGGGUUUUGAAAAAAAUGAAUUGUACAUAUAGACAACUGAACUUAAAAUAAACUUUGCAAUUGCUCGAAGCAAUUGUCCUGAAUGAUGCUUUUUCAUUCACAUUCAACUAUUAAUUUUUUGAAGAUUUAAGUUACAUAAUGGAAUUAGGCAUGUGCAACACAAACAGAAAAGAACUCUGACUGAAUUUUUUUUUCAAAAAAAAAUCUAUAAAUAUGCACAAGGGACACACUAAUGGAAUGUCAGAUAAUUUUCACCAAUUUUUAUUUGGAACUGUUUUAUUGUGUAGUCCAUAUUGACAUAUUUGGAUAAGUGCACAAAGCACCAAUGCUGUUAAGGCCUUAGUAAGGGGCUCAUGCUGAAAUCUGCCAGUCAAACAAUGAAGUUUUAAUGCCUGGCAGGUAUAACAUUAUCACAUAAGUGCUGUCAGUAUAAAAGUUGUGGGAAUAAAGGAAACUGGAUAUUUUUAGCACGAUGUGCAUGAUAAUUUAUAUGCUUGGUGGCUGUGCUGCUGAUUAAGCCGUAAUUAAAAUUCUUCUCAUCCCAUUGGAGUUUUUAGUAGAAGCUUCCUCCAUCAAUUGGCAUAACUUAAGGAAGAUUUUUUUAAAGGGGCAAAAGUAAUUACAGUAAAAUAAUUCACAGUAGCUUCAGUAUUAGAAGGAAUUACGGUAGUUCUUUAAGGUAUUUGAUGGUAUUCUAGGUAUAUAGUGGUGAACACUCGCUGAGUGAAUCCCAGAGGGAAAAAUAUAUUUCUGUGUUUUUAAUGUUCUCUUUCAUUUCCACCUAAAUAAUUUAUAGAACUACAACUUUAAUGGAACCUCUGAUGAUGGAUUUAUAAUUUGCUAUGGUUUAAUUACAAUAUAUUUAGUUCAUAUUGGUAAGAUGAAGUGUGUCCAAAGAUUUCCUUGGAAGGGUAUUUUGCAGUAUAAAAAUGCUCCAACAUUACCAUUCUGAUUACAGCUCUGUUAUUGUUUUAACUCAUGGUGCAUGUGACAAAGUUUACUGAUAAUAUUUUAAUGUAAAGUUAUUUCCCUUUUUGCUAUACAUUAUCCAUGCCAUUCAAGUGAAUUCACUGGAUGAGAUAUCUAUAAAAGGCAAAUGUAGACCGAGCGAGUCCAUAAGGAUGGAGUGAGACAACAAAUGGAAAUUUUUAAUCUGAAUCUUACAUUUUGUUUGUGUGAUUUUAAAUGAAUGUUCUAAAAUCACAAUAAACUCUUCAUUCCCCUGUUAUUUUCCAGAAACGGUAUAUCACAGUCCUAUUAAUGUUUCGAUAUGGAAUCAGAUGUACAUUUAUAUAAAAAAUGAGAUGGACUUAAGAGCACAUCCCUGAUAAAUACUGUCUCUUACCUGUACUAUAUUUCUAUUAGACUACAGUUAUGUGAUUUUUUUUUACAUUUUUUCAAAUUACUAGCAAUUUUGAUAGUUUGUAAGAUAAUGCAAAGAACUCUCUCUGACAAACUAACUGCAGUAACAGAAACAUUUCUUUUCAGUUACUCUUUUUCAAGAAUGAAAGCUUAUUACACACUCAAAAAAUUGUAUACUACUUGAUGGAAAAUUACUUUGUACUUUUUGGCCAUAUUAAUGGUCACUGAGUGAAAUAAAGAUAAUCUGGAUAACGAAUAUUAUUCCAAGGCUAAGAGACCUGAUCUUUGCUCAUUAAAGAGCUAAAAUGUUUAUUGCUGUUUUGUCAUUUUUUAAUGAAGUAAUGGUAACUGUCUCAAAUAAAGAGUCAUAUUUCUUAAGACUAGUCUGGUUUUUGAAGACAUGGCUAUGCCUUCUACAGAUAAUGCAACUGCAUAUUUGUAGGCCAGUCCUUUCUAAAAUAGUUCCUUAUAAAAAUCUUGACAUUGUGAAUGUAUGAUGUCACAGUGCUACAUUAAUUACCACUACCCACUAACUUGCCAUAAUUUUUCAGCUAUAAGUAAGAAUUAAAAAUAUAUAAAUCAAAUUUUUAAAAGUCAAGGAACAGAUAAAUAUGCAGUACUCAAUGAAAUGAAACUUAUCUGGUUCAUACUGUGAGAGUGAUUAAACUUUCAUAAACUGAUUACUAGAAAACUACCCUUCAAAGUGUGUUAAAAAACUUCAAGUACAAACAUAAGAAGUGACAUAGAAAACAAAACAAAAACACUACAUAUUCAGGCAUUUUCUUUAGAUAAACUAAUAAAAAAUCCACUAGCAUUUAAUAUAAUAUAGGUUACCAUGCCCAGUUUUAAAAGGAACAUUUCUGUUAGAAGCAUAAAGAUUAAAGUCUUCAAAAUCCAGGAUGGUCUAUGUGCAAUUUCUGCCUGAUGUGGUUGUGCUUUUAGACUGUGACCUGCCAAUGUAAAAUAAUAAAAAAAUUGUCUGCCCUCUGAUAAUUAUUGUUUAAUAGGAAGAUUGUAUUUUGCUAUGUUAAUGAAACAAAACAAAACAAAACAAACAAAAACAUGGAUGGCUAUAAAACAAGAUAUACACAAAAUAUGAUUUCAUGUGCUUUUCUUAAUUUUAUCAAAAUCAAAAUAAUUUUCUACUAUAAUUUAAUGGUGGCCAUAUCUAUAUAUCUAUAUAUACAGUAUCCGGUAAUUGUUUACUUUUAUUAGUUCAGAAAUAAAUG